AUGCGCUCCCUCGCCACCGCAGUCGCCUGCUCUCGGUUCUCCCACUUGAGCGACGGCUCUGGCAAGACUACUCCACCGAAGUAUCACUCCGACAAAUUCCACGACCCGGUAUUUCUCGACAUCAUCGACAAGAUUCGCCGCGUCCGCCGCGAGGCCGCGAAGUCCGGUCCGUACACCAUUCCAUCCAACGUGAUGAAGUCCCUGCCCAGCAACUCCGAGGAGCAGCCCGCCUUGCACAAGCAGUACCAAAUUCGCCUCCGUCCCGGCAUGUCCUACGAUGAAGACACAGAGGUGGUUGCGAAGAUCCUCGACUGCAUCGACGAUGGUCAAGACGAGCCGUACACCAUGGUCGGAAGCUCCACUGGCGACGACUACCUGGGGAUGUUUCUCAUCGUCAUCCCAGACCGCCCAUCGCUCGCCGGCGAGAUUCGACAGAUCCCAGACGUCGAGUCCGUCACCACCCAGCUGUGGCCCUUCCCGGUCGGAGAGCCUCAACCUCCAGUUCCGAGAGGCGCCGAAGCCGAGACCAUCCAGCGCGAGUACGUCGUUCGCCUGCGAGGCGGCCUGACCAAGAAGGAGAAGAACACGAUUGUGGACAAAGUCAACGAGAAGAUGAAGGCGAGCGCUACGGAGAAGGAUAAUGUGCUCACCUUGGGUGUUGUCAGCCGCUACGACUUCACCCAGACGCUUCUCAUCGUGAGAGGCCCCUCGUGCGUCUAUCCUCCGUGCAAGAUGCUGGAGGUCGUGCGUGGCGUCACCUCGGUCGAGCCGCGCGUGGAAUACCGCUACCACUGA